AUGGAAGGCACAGCGUACCACGACAUGGCCGAGCUGCUACGCGAGGCGGCACUGCAGGAGGCUGCGUCGCGCGCAAAAACACGCUCACCACUCAACACUUCGGCGGCGUCAUCAUCUCGAGUGACAACAGAAGCGGAGGACGAAGCGGAGGAGCUUUCUGCCGUGUACGAGGAUGAAAAGGUCAAAAACGAUGUGCUAGCAGAAAGCGUAGACAAGCGAAUGGAAGCGCUCUCAAGCAGCAAGGAGAACAGCAAGGCAAAUAUUGCACGGAGCAACGACCAGCAACGGCUCGAGCUCGAGUGGCAGCAGCUCGACUACGCCAUUCGUGCGCUCGAAGAAGAUAAGAAACGCAUCCCACCACUCGACUCGUCGGCGGUGCUCGACAUCCGCACGCGCGCCGAGCUGCAUGACCUCAACGCGCAGUACGCUUCCGCACUCGAGAUGCUCCGUUCAGACCUGUCGUCGGAACGCGAUGCGCUGGCGCGGGAGACGCAGCUGCAGUCCGAUCUAGCCGUCGUCUGGACCGGACUGUCGAAGCGUUUGGCACAGCUGCAAGCGAAGAGACGGCAGGAUUUGACUAGCGAGAGCGCCAUUCGCGAUUUGAACCGCAAAUUCAAGCGCGAGGAGCAGCGAUUUAAAGAGCUGCUCGCGCAGCUCAUCGACAUGGGCACGGCGCUGUUCGGUUCCGAGAACCGCAAAGUCGUCACCCUCCGGCAUUAUCUCGAUGAGUUCAUGAACCAGGCGUGGGACCGACCGCUGGAUCCGUGGGUCAGCUCGACAAAGCUCGCUAUGCGCAGGACGGGCGGCGAGGUGGACGAUGCCAUGAUCGAACUCUUCAUUCGGGCGAACAUCAUUGUCGCACACCCGAAGGAUUCGAGGCGGUGGCGGCUGGUCGCAUUCCACAAGGCGACGAGGGGCAGCUCGUGA